AUGGACGAGCUGAGCGAGGCCGAACUCCGGUACUACAAUGAUCUGUUCAAAGUCUGCAGCGAAACGGACGGGGCGGGUAAAAUUCCUGCCCAAAAAGCCACCUCGCUUUUCCGCUCGGCCAAUCUGUCCAACGAGAUCAUAAGCAAGAUUACGGCCCUAGCCGGUGUCCCCCAAACAGCGCUGCACCUCUCGAGACAACAAUUUUACGGUUGCCUCAAGCUCAUAGCGGCCUACCAAGCAUCCGUGCCAUUGCGCGAGGAAAUCCUGACCACCUCGAUCAAUCUACCGCUGCCACAAUUCAGCUGGAUCGAUCCGAUCGCCGGACCACCACUCGGUGCCGUUGAUCCGCUCGUAAGCGGUUCCGCUGCGGUGUCCUCCGGAGGGGUCAGUGGCGGUGGGACGCUUGAGAGGAAUGGCUUCGUGCCAGAAGUGAACAAUCGUUCUUCAACCGCCGCCAAACCGAUGGCGGGUGGUGGAAGCGCUGGUGGAGUGGGUGCAGGGAACACAACACAGGACAGUAGCACCUCGACUGGUGGCGAAAUGACCAAUUCCGACCAACCGAGCACCGAUUCCGAGGUCGAACACAACGAUGAUCCGGUGAAUAUGAUUCGGGGUGAACGCGAGCGCCACACGGUUGGGAUGCUGAAGGGCGGUGGCAUUGUGAUGAUUGGCAACACUCACCCGCUGGCUGGUGGUGGAUCUGGUGGUGGUGGUGGUGGUGGAGCAGGUGGUCAUGGUGGUUCACCGGAAGCGUGGAGUACGGCAAGCGACAGUCCAACGCCAACUAACAGCGUGGCCGAGCGCCCGUGGGCUAAUCAGAACCUCUGGCAGGGGCUGGUGUGUGAAGAGCAACGGCAGCUUCUCGGCACGGAAGAGGAGUCAUCCGAUCGGCAUAGCAGCGACGACGACGACCAGGAGAUUGAUCUCGAGUACUUCUAUCAGAUUUCGCAAACGCAAAAGGAUUACUACCUGAAGCAGUUCCGCACGAUACAACCGGAUGUGCACGGGUUGGUCAGCGGACCGGUAGCGAGGGUAUUCUUCGAGAAAUCACGCAUCCCGAUCGACGAACUGCGCCACAUCUGGCAGAUGUGCGAUGUGACACGGGACGGAGCACUCAAUCUGGCAGAAUUUACCGCGGCCAUGCAUCUGGUAGUGCUGCGCCGUAACAACAUUCCCGUACCGGCCACUCUACCACCUUGUUUAAUGCCCACGUUGCUUCAGCAUUCGCUCCUGCCACAGGGUGGUGGUCCGGGAACUUCCGGCCCUGUUGUUGGGACACCCGCGUCCGAUAGUGGCGUACCCGGUUCCAGUGGGGUCAACGCAUCCGGUAGCGGUACUGCUGCAAACGAACGAACCGAACCGGCCGAGGCGGAUCUGUUGCAUCUGGAAAGCGAUGAUAACGUGGAGAACAGCAGCCGGAAGCGGUUCGAUGCGCACAAGGACUACCAGCGGAUGGUUCCGGUACCGGACUCGUUGUCCUUCGCGAAGGCGACGUCGGCGAGUGGUAAUGGUCCGGUUAAUGUGACGGCGGUACACGAUACCAGCCCACCAUCGGUGUCCUCGGCAACUGGCGUUGGGAGCAGCGCUGGGACAACCGGUUCCGUAUCCGUGGCGAAUGCGACCAAGGGCAGUAGCAGUGGCAGUGGAAGCAGCGUCGGUAUCGCAGGACCAUCUGUAGCAGCGGCAGGCGUACGAAAAACACCACCCAGCAUGUCCCCGCCAGUGUUGUCGCAGCAACCGGCCGCAGCGAACCAAUCGCUGCAACAAAAGGCGAAACAAUCGGUCGAUCAUCCGGUCACGCCACCAAACACGAAAACCAACAAGGAAUGGAACUCGACCACUAAAGAAUGGACCAAAUUUAUGGAAUCUCCCACUUCCAACGUCUCUAGUCCGGGUCCAAAGCCAGUAAACUUUGAUCUGCAGCGAACGACGCAAGCAAUCGUGUCCAAUCCGCAUAUCGUCCAUCCAGUUCCGCUGCGAGUGACACCCGUUGGUGCUGAGGCAGUCGACAACGGCAGUCUAGUCUAUAGCGGAGACGCUCCCGCUGGUACCGGCGGUCUGCAAGUCAUCCAAACGCGUGACGAUUCAAGCCCAAAGCAGCAAAACACUCAACAGCAGCAUCACCACUCUACGCCGCGUGAUUCGCUGACGAACAGCGGCGAUCUCCGUGCCAUCCAAAGACCGCAACCGAAGAAGCCACCUUCCAAGGGUGUCGGUGCGAUUCCGCCUCCACCCCAGCGCGAGUCUGGCAGCAGUGGCCAUCCUGGCAGCUCGCUUAACGAUUCAAUGACAAUAUCACUAGACGCGUCCGGUUUUGCGACGAGUGGUUCGGGCGCCUCCACCGCUGUUGAUCGACAAUCUUCGUUGACGAAAAAACAAUCAGUCGAUCAGCAUCAACCACCGCCGCCAUUGCCACCACCGAGGCCAUCUGCCCAUCGGCACACGCGCAGUAGCAGCUUGGACUUGAACAAGCUGAAGCUCACGACGAGCGGAACCGGUGUGGCACCGAUUGGUGAUCCGCUUAAAAUGCCUCCACCACCGGAGGUUCCACCAAGGGUGACACCGACGGGUGAGCCAUCGGCAGGUGUCGGUCAGCAGGAUCACCGUCAGCAUCAUGGGUUUGCUGAUUUCGCUCACUUUUCGACGGGUUCCGGUGGGUCAUCCGGUCAUCGAGUGGGGUCGACGGGCGAUGCGAGCAACAUCACCACGAUCCAUCUGGAUGCGGCCGGCAAUAUGACACAUCAUUCCACGCCGCGCGGAUCCGGCACGCUACCGAAAUCGCUCGUCAUGCAUCAACCGCGCAACAGUGCGUUCGAGGUGUACCGUAAACCACACCAAGACGGUGCUCGUCCAGCCGCUCGCGGAUCUCAAUCACCUCCGCACCAACCGCAACCACCGCUGGUCACAUCACGCAGUGUCGAAUCGUCCGCGGUCGGGGUGGACUACGACAAGCGCAUAUCGGCUCUGAGCGACAGUCUGCGGCAGGUUCGGUUUAAGGCGAACGAUCCGCCACCACUUAUGCCGGACGUGCUGAAGCAGUUGAAGGAGCAGAACUUGCUGCUGCUGCGGAUAUGCAACGAUCUGAGCGAGGAGCUGUUGCACAUACAGCAGAAGCGUGAGGACAUUCGAAUCAAGAUCGAGUUGCAGGAGCAGAUACUGGGCAGUGGCAGUGCGAUGAUGGCAACCGGUCCAUCCUCGUUGCCAACCGUUCCGUCGGCGUCGACGUCAUCGGCGACCGUAGCGGCCACCCAUCAUGCUCACCAUCACUCCUCGCACCAUCAUGCGAAUCUGUGA